AGCCGCGCGCGUUCACACUCUCUCGCUCUCGUUCUCCCCCCGCCCUUCCCCGCAACCCGCCGUUGAUUCAUGAAUGGUCGUUGAAGGAGCUCGCGACGGGGCUGCUCUCGCGCGCUGUGUGCUUCACCUCGAGAUUCUCCGCUCUCACGUCCGAACGAGAGCCGCCGCGUUUUCUCCUGCUCGGUGGGAAGGGACACAGAGCAGCUGGGGAUCGGGAUGGGGGGAUGCAGGCAAGGGGAGGGGGAUGCAACGGCCUCCGAGCUGCGGAGCCUGCAGCGACGCUGCUGCUCUGGCUGCCUCCCACGCGUUGCUUACUGAGCUGCUGAUUCCCCCAACCCCCCGCACCCCACAUCCUGAAAUCCCCCCCUUUACUAGCAUUAGCCACGUGGCACUUUGCAGGGGCGAUGGCAGGUGACUUGACUGCCCCCUCCCCAUAAAUGGGUCGCCCCUGCACGGGGAAUACUGUGCUUGGCAAGGCAUGUGGUCUAAUCAUUACAUUUGUUGCGGCAAGCAGCUGAACCCUGGAAGGCUCUAGUUUUCGUUGGCACCACGUGGUGUAAGAUGUACACGCCACAUGUGAGCGUGGGAUUUAUUGAACCGUCUGCUUUCAACGUGUGCAUGGAGAAGUUAAGGGUUUUAUGAAGUGGUCCUGCUGCGCCCAUUGUUUAUGCUCAUUUAACCCAGAACGUUCACCCAACUGUUCAUGUUUUUGGCAGGAGACCCAAGUCUUUGGAUUUGGUGUUUACAACAUGGUGAAUGUUCUUGCACAGAUGGAUCAUUCUUUCUACAAGCUUUAGGUUUGUAGACGAUUGGGCAUUAUAGAAGUUGAUUACUUCGGACUCCAGUUCACAGGCAGCAAAGGAGAGAAUUUGUGGCUGAAUUUGCGAAAUAGAAUAUCCCAGCAGAUGGAUGGUCUUCCUCCUUACAGACUGAAACUACGUGUCAAGUUCUUCGUGGAGCCCCAUCUCAUAUUGCAAGAACAGACAAGGCACAUGUUUUUCUUGCAUAUAGAGGAGGAUCUUCUGGCUGGUAAUCUUCAGUGUUCUUCUGAACAUGCAAUUGAACUUAGUGCACUACUUGCCCAGUUGAAGUUUGGUGAUUAUAAUCAAAAUACUGCCAAAUAUCAUUAUGAAGAGUUCUGUGCAAAGGAGCUUACCACUACUGUUUUGGACAGUAUUACUGCAAAGCAUAAGGAACUUGAAGGCCUCACCCAAGCUUCAGCAGAGUAUCAAGUUUUACAGAUUGUGUCAACACUGGAGAACUAUGGGGUGGAAUGGCAUUCUGUUAGAGACAGUGAAGGGCAGAAACUUUUUAUUGGUAUUGGUCCUGAGGGUAUUGCCAUGUGUAAAGAUGACUUCACCCCCAUCAACAGAAUUGCAUACCCAAUUGUUCAGAUGGCAACACAGUCUGGAAAGAAUGUGUACUUGACUGUCACAAAGGAAUCUGGCAAUAGCAUAGUUCACCUUUUCAAGAUGGUCAGCACCAGAGCAGCUAGUGGACUGUACAGAGCGAUAACAGAAACACAUGCAUUUUACAGGUGUGACACUGUUACUAGUGCUGUUAUGAUGCAGUACAGUCGAGACUUAAAGGGCCAUUUAGCAUCCUUGUUCCUGAAUGAGAAUAUUAAUCUCGGCAAAAAGUAUGUGUUUGAUAUUAAGCGGACAUCUAAAGAAGCUUAUGAUCAUGCAAGGCGAGCCCUUUACAAUGCUGGCAUUGUGGACCUUGUUUCGAGAAGCGACCAGAGCCCGCCCAGUUCUCCCCUUAAGUCUUCAGAAAGCAGUAUGAACUGUGAUAGCUGUGAAGGUCUCAACUGCCAGCAGAUGAAAGCUCUUCAAGAAAAGUUACGGAAGCUUAAAGAAUCCCUACUAUGUAUGGUAUGCUGUGAAGAAGAAAUAAAUUCAACAUUUUGUCCAUGUGGCCACACCGUGUGCUGUGAGUCCUGUGCUGCACAAUUACAGUCAUGUCCAGUUUGCAGAUCUCGAGUAGAGCACGUCCAGCAUGUGUAUUUGCCUACCCACACCAGUCUGCUUAAUCUGACAGUAAUAUGACCUCCAUGUUAUCACUGGAAGAUGUACACUAUACAAGCUUCUAAACUAUCUUGUACUUCCAAAAUACUGCACUAAUGUAUUCUCCGACUCCAUUGAUGGUGAAGGUGAGCAGUCACUUCAGCAUCUGCCAGCAAUUAUAGUCAAAACGACUGCUACAAAACUAUGGGGGGAGGGAGGGGAGAAUAGGGAACGAUCUCUGUUCAGAGUGUUUGGAGAAUUUGUUUUAUGGGUAUACUGUGAAUGACUUGUAGACAACCUCAUGUCACAUGAAACAACAUUUAUUUAUAAAAUGGCAAUAUACAAAAAAAAAAAUCUGAGAGGAGAAAAGUUACUCCAUA